AUGACUUCACGACGACAAUCUAUGGGUGUCGUACUCCGACAAUUAGCAAACAGUAUUAUUCCUUUAGCUGUACAUAAGUCACAUACUGAUAUGCCAACUACUCAACUCAACAUCGUUCUGACAGAUCCUAGGGUUGUUGCUGGGGAAUAUCUUCAAGCUAAAGUUUUGCUUGACUCCGCUGAUCCGGACACCAUUAUUCAUUCGCUUGUAGCUGAAGUCAAAGGGGUCGGAAGAACUGGAUGGGUAAACAUACAUACGGACAAAAUAUUUGAAACUGAAAAAGUUUAUUUGAAUCUUCAACUAUCAUUAUGUCCUGAUGGUGUAUCCAUCCCCGUAGGCAAACAUCAGUUCCCUCUUCAAAUUCAACUUCCUGAUCAUCUUCCUAGCAGCUAUGAAAGUCAAUUUGGAACAGUGAGAUAUCAAGUUAAAGUCACGCUUUCAGCUAAUUCAGAGCAGGCUUGCUGCUCAGAAGUGUUUCCGCUUGUGCUUCUUGCCCGUUCAUUCUUUGACGAUAUUCCUUUCAACGUAUUAUCACCGAUAGAUUUCAAAGACGAAGUAGACUUUACGUGUUGCACACUACCGUUUGGAUGUGUGUCAAUCCUCAUUUCAUUAGCUCGAACAGCCUUCUUACUAGGAGAAAAUAUUGACGUGCAAGUAGCUAUUAAUAAUCGAACACGGAAGUGUUUGAAAGAAUGUUCCUUAACACUAACAAUGAAAACACAGUUUGAAGCAAUGAGCCGAUACGAACAUGUAAACGAGAAAAAGUUAAGUGAACAGUUGUUGGAAAUUGUUCCCCUGGGCUCUGUACGAGCGAGAAGCAAAAUAGUUUUCGAGAAAUGCCUUGUGAAGAUUCCUGAUGCUGCCCCACCCACUCAGAACUAUAACUUAGGAGGUGGAGAGACAGCUAUUAUUGCAAUACAUUAUGUUUUAAAGUUGACUGCGCUUCCUGGAAUAGAAUGUGAAGUUCCAAUUAUUGUAACUACACGAGGAUAUAAAGAUAAAUCGAAACAAGCAGCUUUUCUCAUACAUAACAACAACAAGCAACGGCUUCAGGCUCAGAAUAGAGCGCAAAAUAUGGUGGAUAACUAUGCUGUAUGA